ACCUUUAACAUCAAAGUCAAAUUCAGGAAGCUUCAAAAUAUACAUAGUCCAUCAUCAUGCUUCGCUUCACUUGUAUUUUAAUGCCUCUUUCACAUACUCAAACUAUUUCUCUAAGCCCCUUCAAAGUCCUAUAUAUAAAAAAAAAAUCUUGGUCCAAAAAGGAAAAAUUUGUAGUAACAUUUUUCUCUCCUUGUUUUCGUACUUGAUCUAGCAACUAUAUUUUUCGCCAUGACAGAUCAUCAAAAAAUCCAUCCGGUACCGGUGUCCGAGCCGGUGCAGGAAGCGCAACCUAAACCCACCGCUCCGUUGGUGCCACGUGGCUCUUCUCGAUCGGAGAACGGCGAUCCCGAGAGGCAGCAGCCACCACCAUUGAAAAGGUCAUUAACCCCAUAUGCACCCUCAAAACCACCAAAAAAGAGAAAAAGUUGCUGCAAAAGAUGCCUAUGUUGGACAUGCUGCUUGUUUUUCUUACUAAUAAUACUCCUAGGCAUUGCAGCAGCCGUAAUUUACUUUGUUUUCCAACCAAAAAUACCAAAAUACUCUGUCGAUAGCAUGAGAAUUACACAAUUCAACACAAACAAUGACACGAGUUUGUCCGCGACAUUUAACGUGAACAUCACUGCAAGAAAUCCCAACAAAAAGAUUGGAAUUUACUAUGAAAAUGGAAGUCAUUUAAGUGUAUGGUACAGAGGCACAAAUUUAUGUGAAGGGUCAUUACCAAAAUUCUAUCAGGGCCAUAGAAAUACUACUAUACUCAACGUGAACUUGAAUGGGCAAACAGAUAAUGCUACAAAUUUGUUGCAGUUAUUGCAAGAAGAUCAACAGACAGGAAAAAUUCCAUUGAAUAUUAGAGUUAAGGUUCCAGUGAGGAUUAAGUUGGGAAAAUUGAAGCUUAUGAAGUGGAAAUUCUUGUUGAAGUGCAGUCUAAACGUGGAUAGCUUGUCUCAGGAUAAUGUUAUUCGGAUUAGGGAUAAUAAGUGUAAGGUUCGCUUUAGGUUUUAAUUGCUACAUUCUUGAUUAGUAUAUAUAUAGUCCACCACUAUUUUUAUUUAACUUUUUUCCGUCUUUUUCUUCAUUUUAUUUUUGCAUACAAUAAUCAGGUGGAGGAUUGUAUAUAGAUUGUAAAUUUUUUGCUGAGCUUGUUACAAUAAGACUGAUGUAUUAUACACAUUCUGUUCAUUCUACUUUGUAUUUAAUUUAGUUAUUAUAGUAAUAAAUUAUUCCAGUUGGAUUUAUCUUCA